AUGUCAGAUAAGCGUUGCUGUGUCCCCGGAUGUAAGGACAGUAAGGGCAAGCUAGUUCUUCACAGAUUUCCAAACCCAGAAAAGGAAAGUGAACGAUUUAGGGUAUGGAUUUAUGCAAUUGGCGGUGAUAUACUAGGCCUCGAAAAUAUGCACAUAUUCAAGUAUCGCCGUGUGUGUCACUCACAUUUUGAAGAAAAAUUUCAAUGCAGAAAUAACAGAAUUAGUAACAUUGCUGUGCCAACUUUGAAUAUGCCAGCUACAUUAUCAAAUAAACCAGCAGUUAUGAAAAGAAAACCCAUGAAAGAAAUUUUGAACCUAGCAGAACCGUCAACAUCAACAGGUCAUUACUCUGAACGUUCGGUACAUCGAUUAUACACAAAAAUGGAAGGAAAUACUUCUCACAAAGAAAAUCUUGAUCCAGUUACUCCAAUGCAAGAUCCUGUGAUAUCAACUAAUCCUGUAGUUAUAAAGAAAAGGGCUGAAACGUUUUUAGGAGGAGCAUUGGCAGACAAGAAAAAGACAAAGGGUAUCCUUCGAGAAGAGUACGAAGAUGCUGAUCUGCUGCUUUUAUGA